UAUGGAUACAGUUAAUAAGAUCGAAUCUGUUACGUUUCUAUUCAGCUUGCAUUACGGAGUCUACACUUGCGAAGCAUGUAAAGUCUUCUUCCGAAGGAGCUGGGAAAAACAUAAGAAAUACACUUGUCGAACGGGUAGAAUGAAUUGUCUUCCAUCUGACAAAUGUGUUUACCCUUGCAAACUGUGUAGAUACGUUAAAUGUUUGAAAGUCGGAAUGUCUCGUGACGCUAUAAGGCACGGACCAUAUACCAUCGUAAGGAAAUUAAAAAAUAGGCUAUUAGUUGCUGAAAUGCAAAAGAGAAAAUUAGCCACACCCCAUCUUUUACCUUAUUCAGACGCGGAUGAUUUUGUCGUAUUCGGUGCGAGUACUUUUUAUGAAAUAAGAAAUCUUAUUUGGUCAAAUAAAAUUGAAAAUUUCGAUAUGAUCUUUAACGAAGCGGCAAGUGUUGCUGAAACGGGCCUCUUUGACCGGCAAGUGUAUAUGGAUGUGUUUGAAACGCUUGGCCUGGCUAUCGAUAACAGAAAAGCAUUGUCAUCUUUCAUCGAGAGGCUUCUAAAAAUAGUAUUCACCCAAAUUAUAAGCUUUUUGGUGAAACUACCCGGUUUAAGUGAAAUAGAACCAUUAGAAUUUAUAAAUAACCUUGUCAAGAAUUACGAUGUCAUUUGUAUGGCUAUAAUGGCCUUGUCUCAAAGCUAUUGGGAAAAUGAUACAUUUGUUUUAAAAGUUAACAAUAGGUCACUACCGUUAAGCUGGGAAAAUAUUACAGAUAUUCACGGGGAACCUUUAUCGCAUUUUCUAAAAGUAAUAACCGGUUGUACAUUUCCACUUAAUCUAACUCUAGAAGAGAUUUUCUACGUUCUAACAAUAACUCUUCUAUCGGAUAAGAACAAAUUUCCAAAAUUUCAAUCCGCCUACAAUCGAUUGUUGUUAAGUUUUACGAGAUAUUUAGAAUCUACCUAUGGUAAAGAUUAUCAUAAAAGAAUACAUAAAAUAGUAAGCUAUAUGGGAUCAAUGAAGGAAACAUUAUUCGUAACAAAGAAAGCAAAAAAGGAUGAAAAUUAUUUAAUGCACUUGUACGAAAGUAAAUUUUUCGUUUCUCUUUGGUUUAACGAUCAAUCAAAACAAACAUCAUACGCUAUGGUAGAAAUAGAACAAAAUUGCCAAGGCUUUGCUGAACUUUUAUCAAAGAAAAAUAAACUAUACUAA